UUCGUUGUGCUAUUUUUGUAUAAAAAAAAUUCGUUUCGCUUCAGCUGCGUGCUAGGAGAAGUCAAAAAAUCUAUGUUACCUCGUUUCAAAGAUAAGAUUUUAAACUUGAUAUACCUACAAGUGGAAGGGAACUUAAACCAACUUGGCGUGCUUAAUUGGAAGCAGCAAUCUAAAGAUAUAGCUGGGCUGGAGAUGCUUGUUAAUUGAGGCACAAGUUUACAAUGAAUUGUAGUGCCAUUUUAGGAUGCUGGCGAUCAUAAGUAGAAAAUAUCAGCGUUCAUAAAUAGAAUAAAUAGAUACAAAUAUGACUUCCAGGCUUGACCGAUUGUUUAUUCUUCUUGAAUCGGGUUCUUCCGCAGUCACUCGAAGAGCUGCAGCUAAACAAAUAGGCGAAGUUCAAAAACUCUAUCCACAUGAAUUGCAUCAUCUUUUAAAUAGAUUGAUAACAUAUUUACAUAGUAACACAUGGGACACACGCAUAGCUGCAGCACAAGCAGUUGAGGCAAUAUUAAAAAAUGUUCCCGACUGGACUCCAACUGCCAUUAAAAAAGAACAACAACAAACAAAUAAUGAAAAUGAUGAAAAGAAAGACAUUGAAGCAAAUUUGUUAUCGUUUGCAGAGUUCAAUUUGUCGCAUAUUCUCCAGAAGGGAGCACGUUUAAUCGGCUCUGAGGGAAGUGAGUUUGAUAUGCAUGUGGAAGAUGAUGCCAAUAAAUCAGCAGAACGUUUAAGUAGACAGAGGGCACUGUUGAAUGAAAAACUUGGAAUCACACAAGCAACGAGGCUUGGUGUUAAUCUUACUGAUAUGAUUACAGAUGAAGAUGUGAAAGAAGGAUCAAAUGACUACAAUAUAAAUGAAGAAAAGGUGCCAGUUGAACAUAUCUUGAAUAUAAAUACAAAUAUCGGCCAUGCAGCAAGUACAUCAUCCAAUGGACACACUCUAAGUUGCCGCGAAAUCAAUCGUGCUAAAAGGAAAGCCCGCCAAAAUGUUUCGGUUAAUCCCAGUACGUCAUCCGCCAAUCUCAGUCGUAGUAACUCAUCCAGUAACGGAAGUACCAUCACACCCGAUGAGCCUGAUAAGAAAAAAAUUAAAUCGGAUACAAUUGGUCGAGCUGCAACAGAGCUCUUUUACAGUAUGAAUGCUCCAGUUCCUGACGCAACAGGUGCAUGGGUUGAUGCGGUGUCCUGGCCAUUUGAGAACUUUUGUGCUCGUCUUUAUCUAGAUUUGUUCAAUCCCAAGUGGGAAAUACGCCAUGGAGCAGCAACUGCUCUUAGAAAAUUGAUAAACAGUCAUUCUGCGGGCGCUGGAAAAUCAAUUGAUGCUACUCAAGACGAGAUGGAUAAUGGUCAUAUUUUGUGGUUAGAAGAUGCUGCUCUGCGACUGUUGUGUGUUCUUGCUUUAGACCGAUUCGGUGACUUUGUGUCCGAUCAAGUUGUAGCACCUGUUAGAGAAACUUGUGCUCAAGUCUUGGGCACCAUUGUACGUGAUAUGCCAACAGAAAAAGUCCAUGAGACAGUUAGUGUCCUUCUAAAGUUAAUCAAACAAAAUGAAUGGGAAGUACGUCAUGGUGGAUUAUUGGGCUUGAAGUAUAUCUUUGUUGUUCGUGAAGAUCUCUUGCAAAUCUUUCUUCCUCUCACCAUAUCUGACAUCUUGAUUGGAUUAUUUGAUUCAGUAGAUGAUGUUGGAGCAGUAGCAGCUUCCACAUUAAUUCCAGUUGCAUCAUGGCUUCCAAAAUUAUUAAAUCCUGCUCAAGUAUCAACUAUUGUUAAAAUGCUCUGGGAUCUGCUACUUGAUCAGGAUGAAUUGACUUCGGCUUGUAACAGUUUUAUGGGCUUGCUGGCAGCUAUUCUUUGCUUGCCGAACUCUUCAACAUGGAUUCAAAUGGAACCCAUGUCAACUCUAGUCCCAAGAUUGUGGCCAUUUCUCAGUCACAAUACAAGUUCUGUCCGCAAGUCAACAUUGACAACUCUCAAGACUCUAACACAGGGAACAAAAGGUGAUGAGGUACACACCCAAACUCCUAAAUCAGAAACAGAUGCCAAAGAUGAAAUAAGUUUCGAUUCUAAGAAUCUGAAAUUGAAUUUCGGAGUUAUUGACUGGCAGCCGCCAUUACUGCAAGAGGCACUUCGUCACAUCUAUCAAAGAAUACUGGUAGAACCACAAUGGGACAUACAAGAACUAGCAAAAGAAGUUUGGAUGAAUCUUAUAGAUUAUGCUAAUUUAACGGCAUUACUACAUGCAGCUUGUCCUUAUGUUUCACCUUGGAUUUGUCUAGCAAUGCAACCUGCACGCUUGCCAUUCGACACAAAUAUUCUUAUUCAAGCUGCACACACGCAAGUCAGUGAGAGACGGCGCAUACGUGAUGAUUUGGGUGGAUGUUCUAAUCUACAACAGAAAUUAUUCUUGGGUGGAAAUGAAGCCACACCUGCGGAAGUGAGAGAAAAAAAUUUCAUUCGUGCUCGUAUAAAUGCGGCACGGGUUUUGGGAGCCCUAUCACACUUUCUCGUUCAGCCAGCACCGGGAGUUGAAUAUAAUGCGGUUACAGAAAGUCCAAUGGAAUGUUAUACCAAAGUUUUGCAUGGCCAUUUGCAGUCUCGAUCGGCUGUACAGCGCACAGUUUGUGGUUUGAUUAUCGCCUUCUGGGCCCAGUCAGAUUCAACUGUAAGGCCGGCUUGUCCGAAACUGCAGGAAAAACUUCGUUACUGUGUAAUGGAAUAUGUUUACUACGAUGAAGUAGCUUUGUCAUUAACAAGACUCUUACAAGAGGCUCAUGAUUUUAUUGCCACUCUAAAGCAAUAUAAAAUUCCAAUUAAUGAUUUUAACAAUGCCAAAAUUCUUACGCUUGAACAAAUAGAUGCCUUAAGCACAACAAUGACUGAAAAUCUUAAAUUGAAACAUAAUCUUAAACCCAAAAUAGGCGAUAUGCUCGAAGAAAGACGCAAAUGCUUGCAAAAUUCUUUUCAACAAACAAAUACAGAACGUAAUAUUUUUGAUAUCAGUACACAAUCUGCUCUUGCUGGAGCAAUUGUGUGUAUGCGUUGCCUGCCAGAGAAGCUGAAUCCGGUUGUCAAACCUUUAAUGGAAUCAAUAAAACGCGAAGAACGUGAGUUACUGCAGCAAUUGUCGGCUGAAUUUCUAGUAUAUUUGAUGGAUCAAAUUAGUGAUAGGAAUCCUAGUCCUAAUAAUAAAAUAGUCACUAACUUGUGUACAUUAUUGAAGAGUGAUACAGAGUUUACACCUCCAGUGGUAACUGCAGAUCUACCAUUAAAAUUAUCCCCUCAACUAAAAGGAACUGAUGCAAAAGAUCAUUAUUACGGAAUACUCACUCUGUCAAUACAACAGAAAAUUGGUGGAAGUCAAACUAAUAAUACUAAUGCCACUAGAGGUCCAGGUAGACCUCCAACAGUAGUUGAAGUACCGGUUGAGAAUGGAUCAUCCGUCGUCGAUAGCAACGAAGCAAAACAAUGUCGUAUCCAGCGUAUAGGAUCAACGUAUACAAUUGAAUUUAUUUGUAAAUAUUUUGGAGCCAGCUUAAAUGUUAAAGUACCAAUUAUCUGGCAAAUAAUGUUUGGCAAAAUUGAUAGCUUUCUUCAAGUCAAUCCUACAAUGGAUAUGUUGGCAGAUAAAUUAAUUGAUCCAACAUCAACAAAUGAUCUAAUGACAGCUUUGCAGUUAAUUGAAAUUGCAGCUCCUCAUGUUGAUGUUAGCUUACACGAAGAGCUUUUUCAAUUACUUCCAAAAUUGGGAGUACUUAUAACACAUCCAUUAAAAUCCGUACGACAUAUGGUGGCACGUUGCAUUGCAACUAUUGGUAAUAUCGACAUUUGUAAAACAAUGAAUUUCGUUGUUGAACAUUUGAUGGUUCUUUUGAAAAAAAUUGAAAAUGUCAUAUGCCGACAAGGGGCAAUCGAGACCAUUGAAAGACUUGUUGAAAAGUUGCAAAUAAAAAUGGUCCCUUAUGUCGUUCUUCUAGUCGUUCCACUAUUGGGUUGUAUGAGUGACCCAGAUGAGCCAGUUCGUUUACUAUCAACACAUUGCUUUGCGACGCUAAUCCAACUAAUGCCUCUGGAUAGUAAGCUUGGUAAAACAGAAAUAGCUUCAAAGGAACUACAAGCUCGAAAAACUCGAGAUCGAGAAUUUCUUGAUUACUUAUUUGCUCCGAAAACAAUUCCAGAUUUUAAAGUUCCCGUACCAAUAACAGUCGAGCUGAGAACCUAUCAACAAGCCGGUGUUAACUGGCUAUGGUUUCUAAACAAAUAUAAUUUGCACGGUAUUCUUUGUGAUGACAUGGGUCUGGGAAAGACCCUUCAAGCCAUAUGCAUUCUGGCUGGUGAUCACCAUCAGCGAAUGAUUGAAAGCGCUACAGAACUGCCGAGUCUUGUGAUCUGCCCACCUACUUUAACCGGCCAUUGGGUAUACGAAGUUGAGAAAUUCCUCAAAUCAGCCUUUCUAAGACCAUUGCACUAUGUUGGAUUGCCGGGAGGACGAGAGAAACUACGACCGAAAAUCGGUAUGUGUAAUCUAGUCGUUGCCUCCUAUGACACCGUCCGCAAAGACAUCGAUUACUUUAGUACGAUCCACUGGAAUUACUGUAUCCUUGACGAGGGACAUAUCAUCAAAAAUGGCAAAACUAAAAGCUCCAAAGCCAUUAAACAAUUGAAAGCUAAUCAUCGUUUAAUUCUGUCAGGCACUCCGAUCCAAAAUAACGUCCUUGAGCUGUGGUCGUUGUUUGAUUUUCUAAUGCCAGGUUUUCUAGGAACUGAAAAACAAUUCAUUGCUCGCUUUAGUCGUCCAAUUCUUUCUAGUCGUGAUUCAAAAAGUUCACCCAAAGAACAAGAAGCUGGUGUCCUAGCCAUGGAAUCGUUACAUCGUCAGAUUUUGCCAUUUUUAUUGCGAAGAGUCAAGGAGGAUGUGUUGACGGAUCUUCCACCAAAAAUAACACAAGACUUGUUGUGUGAGUUGAGUCCUUUGCAGGAACGUCUGUACGAGGACUUUAGUCGAAGUCAUUUGAAUUCAGAAUUGAAGGACUGUUUGGCAAAUCUUGGCGAAACGGAGAAUCUGAACAAGAAAACACAUAUUUUCUAUGCGUUGCGUUAUUUACAGAAUGUUUGCAAUCAUCCAAAACUUGUGCUUCUUCCUAGUCAUCCGGAAUACACUAAGAUAACACAUGAAUUGAGCCAGUACAAUAGUUGUUUGAAUGAUAUUGAACAUUCAGCAAAACUACCUGCCUUGAAGCAACUUCUGUUAGACUGUGGCAUUGGUGUGGAGACGGAAAGUGUGAAUCAGCAUCGUGCUCUUAUAUUUUGUCAACUCAAAGCUAUGCUGAAUAUUGUGGAGAACGAUUUGCUGAAGAAACAUUUACCUUCUGUUUCGUAUUUAAGGUUGGAUGGAAGUGUACCAGCUUCAUGCAGACAAGAAAUUGUGAACAACUUUAAUACUGAUCCUAGUAUUGAUGUUUUGUUAUUGACAACACAGGUUGGAGGCUUGGGUUUGAAUUUAACUGGAGCUGAUACGGUUAUCUUUGUGGAACAUGAUUGGAAUCCAAUGAAAGAUUUGCAAGCCAUGGAUCGUGCACAUCGUAUUGGGCAAAAGAAAGUAGUGAAUGUUUAUCGUUUGAUUACUCGAAAAUCACUUGAAGAGAAAAUCAUGGGAUUACAGAAAUUCAAGAUCUUAACAGCAAAUACCGUAGUUAGUGCUGAAAAUGCCUCGAUGGAUACAAUGGCUACCGAACAAUUGUUUGAUCUCUUCAAUUUAAGUGACAACAAACAAAAAAGUGGUAAUGGAGAAGGCGGCAGUUCUAAUGCCACAAGCAGUUCAAGUGGACAAAUGUCAGUUGCAAGUGUUAUAGAAAAUCUUCCAGAAUUAUGGUCGGAAAAUCAAUACGACGAGGAAUAUGAUAUAACGCAGUUUGUCCAGGGAUUAAAAAAGUAACAUAUCAUUGAAAAAAAACACCACCUUUAUCAAUACUGCGCCACAACAAAGUUAGAAAUUUAAAGCUUUCGAAAUGAGUUUUGAAAUGUGAUGCUUUUUUUUUUAAAGUACCACUUGGCUGCCGCAGUUGCUGCUUUGACUACACUUUUAACUAUUAUAGACUUAAUAAUUUAUUCUCAUUUCAUUAUUUGUAUACCCUUUGUUUUUCUCCUAUUUUUAAUGAAGAAA